AUGGCAGAUUCCGCUCCAGCCCCAGCCAUGCAGAAGGCGAAGAAAACCACCAAGCCAAAGAAGCCCACCGAUCACCCCAAAUACAUCGAGAUGGUAGUGGCUGCCUUAAAAGAGCUGAAGGAGAGAGGAGGCUGCUCCAAGAGCAAAAUUCUCAAGUACAUCAUGGUCAACUACAAAGUCAGCGACGAGAGAACCGUCAACACUCAUCUGAAGGUGGCUCUGAGGAAUGGCGUCAAGACCGGAGUGUUGAAACAGACCAAAGGGACAGGGGCCUCUGGGUCUUUUCGUCUCGGUGACGCAGCUAAGAAGGCACCGGCGAAGCCGAAGAAGGUCGUCAAGAAAUCAGCAGCAAAGAAACCCGCAACCAAAAAGACCACCGCCACCAAGAAGACUAAAUCACCAAAGAAGGUGGCCAAGAAACCCGCAGUAAAGAAAACUCCAACCAAGAAGGUUGUAAAGAAGCCGAAGUCACCUAAGAAGGUCGCCAAGAAGCCAGCGUCCAAGAAACCUUCCAAGAGCCCGAAGAAGGUCGCCAAGAAGCCGGCAAAGAAGACAGCUGCCAAGAAAACAAAGGCUUAA